CCACUGCUUCAAAACCACCAUAAAAAAAGAGACUUCACCACCACAACACAACCAGUGGACAAGUGGACUGAACAACCUCAGUCCUGGUGGUCAUCAGAGAGACAGAGGCUCCAGUCAGGGAUCCAGUCUGCAGCCCAAACCCUUCUCUCCACAGUCUCAGUGCAGGGAUGGAGCAGGACCUGGGGCUGAUAGGGAUAUACCCUCCUGUUCCUAUGAUAAAAACACCACAUUAUCAAUAAUUAACAGAACAGGGCACCCUGGGCUUCAGCCUUCACAGAGAGUAGUGGGAGACCCCUCUGGUGGGAGUCUAUCAGGAGGUCUGUCUUUCCCUUCAGGGUCUCAUCUUUAAUAUAAAUCCUUUCUGUUCAGUGUAAACACAAGUGGUCCGAGUAUGGAUAGCAAUGAGGUGAGGAACAUAGCAGAAACUGAUAUUUUGUUUGAAACUGCUGGCGAGUGAAGAUGACAGUGAGAAUGAGUGGGUUUCAGUGGCGAAAAAGGAAGGAAACAACAGAAGUAAAGUUGUCGAUUUAAUGAAGAAAUACACUUAAUCCACAAUCUCUCCCUCAUGUAAAUAUGUGGGAUACCCUUUAAGAGCCUACAUGCUAAAUAUUUGGUGUCAAGUGUUUGCAGACAGGAAGAGUAUCGAAUGCUAGUGGAGGUUAGAUGCUGUAAUUGAGGUGGCAAACAUGCACCCGGAUUGCCCUGUUAGAUUGAAUUGGACUGGAUUGCCCUGUUAGAUAGAAUUGAUAGAAUUGGACUGUCCAGCAUGUGUCCUACCUGGAGGUGGUGAGAAGAGUUGAAGGAACGAAUAGAGCUGUAGAUGCAAUGGUAGUAGAGCCUACAUCAGUGAAUGUGUGUGUAAAAAUGUGUGCUUUGUAGCAUUUAUUGCAAUGGUCAUCAACUGCACAGCACAAACGGAGAAGAAAUCAGACUAAAUUGGCAUCAUUUUAAGUGCAGCUGAACGUUUUUUGGGGGGCUCAGUGAUUUGACAGAAGAGGCAGUACAAGUAACCCUAUCAACGAAGAUACUGCCCUAACAGACUCCUGAGCCUGUGUCGGGAUGUGAUUUAAAUUGGAAUGUGACUGAAGGAGGGGGAGUUUUUUUACUUUUUACUUUGUAUAAUGUCGGUUUCAACCCGUAGUUUACCACCCAUACAGUAGGUGGCGGCAUGCACCUCUAACAGUUGUUUGCGAACCGUCAUAUCAAAGAAGUUAACGGAAGUGACCAGUUACCCAGAACAAUUUCCUCUUUUGAAUUUGUAUGGGUUAUUGAGAUGUUUAUUAACAUCAUUGAACUCACAAUAUUACUCAUUUAACUGGACAGUAACACAUACUAACCUCAGGUAGUCUUUAAUUCGCGUUGGAGACGGGACUUGGUUGAUUUAUGUUAUCUAAGUAAUGCUUGCUAGCUGCUAACAAUAAUGGCUAACAUUAAUUGUAUGGUUUUUCACACUCAAAUAGCCUCCGUCAUGGAGGUGCUAGCGAAUGCAGCUGUGGCAGAGAUCUGUAAACUCGUAGACGACGACUAUGCAGUGUUUCGUUUGGAAAUAACUCAAAGCCAGAAAGAAAACAGGGGAUUGCGGAGGAAACUACAGCUACUGGAACUGAAGGUGGCACGGGAGCGCGCAGAGAGGACAAUUCGAGAGCGUGUCCUCGCCAGUCGUCCCAGUAGUGUCAAAGUCGUCGACCGAUACAGAAUAGCAAGAGGUGAAGGACAUCUCACUGAAGGCUACAGAAGCAUUGUGAAGCCAGCGGGACAUAAUACAUGGGGAGAUGAUCAACCAAUCACUGUUGAUGAGGGGAGUGGAACCUCAACCCAGCAUGUUAUCGUGAUAGAGUCUGCAGACACAGAGGAUGCAGGUCCUGGGGUCAAGCAGGAGAGGACUGGAGGAGAGGAGGACCCACGACACAGCAGAGACAUCCAGACUGGAGCAGCGUCUGGAGUGGCGCCCCCUGUAGCCACAGAGGACCUAUCCACCGCCAUGGCGCCCCAGGCCAAGACACGGCACAGCACCACGGAGGAGGAGGAGGGUCCAGAGGUGCUGCUGGUGAAGGAGGAGGGGUGUGAGGAGGGUCUGGGGAACCCUGAGGGGAACAUGGUCAUGGAGGACAACCAGACUACACCUCCUCCUGAACCGGCAGAGGAACCAGCUGAGCAGCACAGAACCACACACAGCCUCACUGAGUCAGUAGACAUGGAGGAUGGGAAGCCUGAUCUGCUACUAGUCAAAGAGGAGACUAUAGAAGACGGAGCAGAGAGCAUUGACCUGCUGAGUGGACUAAAGAUGGGGGAGCAAGAUGGUUGGCUGGAGGCUAACAGAAGAGACUGGGCGGCCAUCUUGGAAUCCCAGACCCAGAUGGGUGCAGUCAAGGGCCCGGGGGACAACAUCACUGAGCAGGCCAGGACCAGAGGAGAAAUAGUGGAGGUCAGUGGAUGGGACAGCAUCUUCAACUCUGGGCUGGGGAACAACACUGUUAACUACAACCAGAAACAGACAGUCGAACACAAAACAACAACCGAACUUAGUCUCCAUGACAACAGACUGGCUGAGACCAGAGCGGGGCGUAGAUUUGGUCUGCAGGGAUGGGGAUGUGUCGGUUCGCGGCGGGAGAGAAUAGACACAGACUCGACUAGUGAUGCUCCGUCCUGCUCCUAUAGUUGUGAUUCAGAGAGACUGAUGGCACCUCAAGUUAACCCCCUAAAAGGUGCUGCCUUCAGCAUACCUUCUAUAGGAUCUAUCAACUGGAACAUGGACCCUGCGACAUCACAGACCCUCCCUGGCCUUCGUCCUCCUCACACUCUCCUAAUGUUAAACCAGACCUCAGACAAUGCCAGUGCCUCAACACUAAAUGGCUACACAAGCCCAUUGACAAAUGACAGUAGUAGUAACGCUAUCAAUAGAUCUGGUGGCAAAGAGAAGCGCUUCCCGUGUUCAUUCUGUGGGAAAGCCUUCAGUUUUCCCAAACAGGUGAAGAUCCACCAGAGGAUGCACACAGGGGAGAAACCUUUCAGCUGCCACCUGUGCCGGGCCAGUUUUUCAGACUCAUCCAACCUGAAGAGGCACCAGAGGGUCCACACAGGGGAGAAACCAUACAGCUGCCCUCAGUGUGAGAAGAGGUUCUCCCACCAGCACCAGCUGAAGAGGCACCUGAUGGUCCACACAGGAGAGAGGCCGUUCUCCUGUAUGCACUGCGGGAAGAGAUUCUCAGAGAGGAGCUACCUCAGAAUACACCAACAGAAAAUGCACACAACCCAUGUAAUGUAGUAUUAGCUAGUUUGUAGUUAAUUCUGUUGGUUUUCGAUGUAGUACAGAACUGGAUGAGGUAAAAUGAGUGUGAUGAGGAAGAGUAGAUGAUAUGGUGAUAGUUGGUGUCUGGAAAAAUGCUUCCCUGAUGAAAAGUGACAGCCUUGUCCCGUUUGAUGCCAGUGUUUUAUAAUGAGGCACUGAUUUUGCCUUCAUGUUUAUUAAUUUAGUGAAGCUGUGUGUAAUGUUGAACCUAUUUCAAGGCAUUCUAAAAUUCAUUUUAUCAAAGUGAGGGUACCUGAUUUACACAAAGGAUAAAGUGUUACCAUAGGGAGAAAAGUUUUUCUAGUCACAUGUAUCACUUUAUGCAAUAAAUACUGUACUUCACAAUAUUACAAUUUUGUUGAAAUUAAAUAAAAAAUUGACUCUG